AUGGCCAUAUACUGGCUGCUGUCAUUCGUUUGCCUGUUAGCAUCCACUGCGGCUGCGCAGGACCACUCAGGAGGCAACAUCAUGGAUGCAACCGCCACCAAAAGUGUCACUGAGACGGUCACUAAAUACCUAUCUCAAUGCAGCAUCACUUUUACCCCAUUCGAGCCACCGACUACGACACUUUCUGGCACUACUACAGUCACCAGCACACUUCAGUCUACCAUCUCCGUCACCGUAGCUAAUGUGACUAAUGCCACGAGCGUUGGUCCCAUUGGUCUAACCACGAUCCAGCCCACCAUCAAUUAUACCGUAUUCAGCUCAUAUUCCGCGGCAGGAACUGGUGGCUACCCGUAUCCUAUGGCUAACUCCUCUACACCCCCUGCGAAUACCACGAAAGUGCCUUGCUCUACAGCGACAGUAACUGUCACGCCUCUCAGUAGCUCGAUUUCCCAUAGCAUUACUCCUGUUCAUGGGUCCUCCUCCACAGCGGCAGCCAGUGUAUCCCCGACUCAGAUACCAGUCAGCGAGUCUUCUACAAUGGGAUACGAUACGAUCAUGCGGAACGUCGUGGGAUUACUGGGAAUUGCCUUGAUGCUGACAGUUGGCUUCCUCUGA